AUUGGCUUGGGAGUGCCUGAGGGACAGCACCACAAGCCAAUGGAGAGCCGCUCUUCCCGGGAGGUCGCCCUGUGGGAACCAGUCAGGCCCGGGUUUGGAUUUAACUCUUUAAAGGCAAGUUCGCGCUGCGUGAGAAAGUUGUUGGUAGUAAAUGUGCCACGUCUUCGAAGAAGAGGGGGUCCUGAACUUGCCAGAGGCUGUUGUCCCUAAGCUUCCAACUGCAUUCUUAACUCUUUGAAGUCGAGGACCCUUUGGCUGUUUAUAUAGGGACUUCUUUUCUACUUUGGCAACAUGAGGCUUUUCUUGUGGAACGCGGUCUUGCCGCUGUUAGUCACUUCUUUAACCGGGGCUCUGAUCCCUGAACCAGAAGUGAAAAUUGAAGUUCUUCAGAAGCCAUUCCUCUGCCAUCGCAAGACCAAAGGAGGGGAUUUGAUGUUGGUCCACUAUGAAGGCUUCUUAGAAAAGGACGGCUCCUUAUUUCACUCCACUCACAAACAUAACAAUGGUCAGCCCAUUUGGUUUACCCUGGGCAUCCUGGAGGCUCUCAAAGGUUGGGACCAGGGCUUGAAAGGAAUGUGUGUAGGAGAGAAGAGAAAGCUCAUCAUUCCUCCUGCCCUGGGCUAUGGAAAAGAAGGAAAAGGUAAAAUUCCUCCAGAAAGUACACUGAUAUUCAACAUCGAUCUCCUAGAGAUUCGAAAUGGACCAAGAUCCCAUGAAUCAUUCCAAGAAAUGGAUCUUAAUGAUGACUGGAAACUCUCUAAAGAAGAGGUUAAAGUAUAUUUAAAAAAGGAAUUUGAAAAGCACGGUGCGGUGGUGAAUGAAAGUCAUCAUGAUGUUUUGGUGGAAGAUAUUUUUGAUAAAGAAGAUGAAGACAAAGAUGGAUUUAUAUCUUCCAGAGAAUUUACAUAUAAACAUGACGAGUUAUAGAGCUAUGUCUGCCCAUUUUACAUAGUAUCCAUCUUCUAAGAGAGGGCAGUUAUCCUUUAAACGCAUUUUAUUUUUUAACAAUGUUCUGUUCUUGCUUUGUUUUUUGUUUUUGUGUGUAUUUUCUGACCUCUAUUUAAAGAACCCCUUAGGGUUUCUAAGUACCCAUUUCUUUCUGGUAAGUUAUUAGGAAGAAAAAAUUAAUUUGUCUUUGAAUAGAAGACUGCUAGACUAUCUUCUACUUUUUUAGUUGUAAUUUUAAAAUAUUGCAUCUGGAAACAUAACACAACAUGAGACCUGGUUAUAGCACAAA